AUGGCGCACGCCGAGGAAACUCUGCUCGAAGUGCUGCGUAGCAUCGCCCGCGAUCUUAGCUACCAGGAGCCCCAGCUGGACAUCCGCGCAGUCACCAGCGGAGGCGCCAACUACACCUCCAAGCUGUACCUAGCAACUAUCUCCUCCCCAGGAAAGGAACGCCUCCAUUUAUUCGCCAAAAUUGGAUCGUUCAGUGAGAAAAUCAGAACACAAGUUAACGUCGACCAGCUCUUCCGCACCGAACACCUCAUCUACACCAAACUCGUCAAAAUUUGGGACAGCAUACAGGAGAAGUAUCAAGUGCCCGACGAACACAGAUAUGUGUUCCCAAAAUAUUACGGCGGCAACUUGAAGACGGGCUGCGAGACGGUGGUGUUGGAGGAUCUGACAGCGGCCGGUUACUCGAUUUGCGAUAGAUUUAAGCCUGCAGACUGGGAACACGCCGCGAAAUCAAUAGAAGCGCUUGCUAAGUUCCACGCACUAUCAUUCGUUCUCGAUAAAGAAGACCCGGACGAGUACAAAAAAAUUACGGAGCAGCUUAAAUUUUUAGCACCUGAGGAAGAUGAGUCCAUGAAAGGUGUGUGGCUGAAGAUGGUGGGGGGUGCAGUGCAGUCGGUCGAGGAGGGCCUGAGGGACAGAGUGAUAAAGUUUUUUGAGAGCACAGAUGGUCGAAAAAUGUAUUUGGACUACCAUAUGCCCAGGGGUCGACCAGUGCUAAUAGUCGGGUCUCCGUCGUCCACGAUGGCGCACGCCGAGGAAACUCUGCUCGAAAUGCUGCGUAGCAUCGCCCGCGAUCUUAGCUACCAGGAGCCCCAGCUGGACAUCCGCGCAGUCACCAGCGGAGGCGCCAACCACUCCUCCAAGCUGUACCUAGCAACUAUCUCCUCCCCAGGAAAGGAACGCCUCCAUGUAUUCGCCAAAAUUGGAUCGUUCAGUGAGAAAAUCAGAAAACAAGUUAACAUCGACCAGCUCUUCCGCACCGAACACCUUAUCUACACCAAACUCGUCAAAAUUUGGGACAGCAUACAGGAGAAGUAUAAAGUGCCCGACGAACAUAGAUACGUGUUCCCAAAAUAUUACGGCGGCAACUUGAAGACGGGCUGCGAGACGGUGGUGUUGGAGGAUCUGACGGCGGCCGGUUACUCGAUUUGCGACAGAUUUAAGCCUGCAGACUGGGAACACGCCGCGAAAUCAAUAGAAAUGCUUGCUAAGUUCCACGCACUAUCAUUCAUUCUCGAUAAAGAAGACCCGGACGAGUACAAAAAAAUUACGGAGCAGCUUAAAUUUUUACCAGCUGAGGAAGAUGAGUCCGUGGAACGUGCGUUGCUGAAGAUAGUGGGGGAUGCAGUGCAGUUGGUCGAGGAGGGCCUGAGGGACAGAGUGAUAAAGUUUUUUGAGAGCACAGAUGGUCGAAAAAUGUUUUUGGACUACCAUAUGCCCAGGGGUCGACCAGUGCUAGCGCACGGAGACUACAAACCUAGCAACCUCGCAACGGUCCUCACAUGUAUGACCUUUGGAUGUUGGUUGCAGAUGAUGCCCACGGCCAUGCUGCUGGGCGCCAUGAUCCUGCCAGUGGUGUUGGUGGAGGAAGCCAGCGCGCCCAGGACGGACUCCACCACCACGGGGCUGGACAGCUUCGUGAAUUACUCGUACUCCGCGAGGAGACAUUUCGAUUAUACGAAUCCGCGUUACGGGUACUGCAUCACGAGGCGCUGCAAGCAGUUCUACAAGGGGGACUCGGAGUCGGAGCUCAUUGAGGCGAUGAGCUCCUGCCUCAACCACACCCUAGAACAGAAGUAUGGACUGCGCGCGCGCAUAAAGUUCGGCAUGUGUUUCCGGCACGGCGAGCAGAAGUACUCUGUCACGUGGCUGGACCUUUUCGCCGCUGCUUUCUUCUUUACCCUGAUGCUUGAAUCGGAAGUGUCCGUCCUCGCGACCAACACUCCCAUCGUGAUGCAGACCUUCUUCUUCAUGUCAGGGCUGUUCUUGGUGUACACCACGCUGAUAUCCAACGAUAGGGUCCCGAUGACCUGGCGGUCCUUGCCCAAAACUAUAUUUCUUCGGUGGCUGAGAAUAGCUCAAGACCAAAGGCAGUACUACCAAUUUGAAACAUUUAAUUAUUUGUACAAGCGCACGCACACCAAUAUACCUGCGUUCGGGAUAGGCAUGCUGUAUGGACUGUUCCUGUACAAGUGGAUGAAGAACCCUGAAGAUACCAGCAAAUACAAGUCGGUCUUCUCCUGUGGCGUGGUGGUGAUUACCUUCAUCUUCGCUACAGUCCUGUGGCUAUUAGUAGAGGCACCCUGCAACAACCUUGGGCGGACCCUGUUCCCCGACAGGCAGUCCAUACUCAAGCUCAAACAUGUCUCAGCAGAGGGCUCCGAGAAAACUCCUCAGAAAAACUGAUCUUAUUAUAAGGAAAAUUAAAAUUUAGUUUUUGAAUAUACUUACAGUUUUUU